AAACUCUUAAAAACCGACCAGAACUUAGAGUAAUUGUUACUUCAGCUACAUUGAAUGCAGAAAAAUUCUCAAAAUAUUUCUAUAAUUGUAUGAUUUUCACUAUUCCUGGCCAAAACUUCCCGGUAGAGGUUCUCUAUACUAAGGAACCAGAAUCCGAUUAUUUAGAUGCUGCAUUGAUUACUGUUAUGCAGAUUCACCUUUCAGAACCACCAGGUGAUAUUCUUCUUUUUUUGACUGGUCAGGAAGAAAUUGAUACAGCGUGCGAAAUUCUUUAUGAGCGUAUGAAAGCACUUGGGCCACAAGUUCCGGAUCUAGUGAUAUUGCCAGUGUAUUCCGCUUUACCAAGUGAAAUGCAAUCCCGUAUUUUUGAACCCGCACCUCCUGGUAGUCGUAAAGUAGUUAUAGCGACAAAUAUAGCAGAAACCUCAAUCACCAUUGAUGGCAUCUACUAUGUCGUAGAUCCUGGUUUUGUAAAACAAAAUGCAUAUGAUGCUAAAGUUGGAAUGGAUUCUCUUAUUGUGACUCGCAAGCAAGGCAGCGUUCUGGUCGUGCGGGUCGUACAGGACCCGGAAAGUAUAAAUGAAAUGCUUCCAAAUCCGGUACCCGAAAUUCAGCGAACAAAUCUUGCCCAUACUGUAUUAACACUCAAGGCUAUGGGCAUUAACGACUUAUUACAUUUUGAUUUCAUGGACCCUCCACCAGUUCAAACACUUCUUACUGCUUUAGAACAGCUUUAUGCUCUCUCCGCCUUGGAUGAUGAAGGCUUGUUGACAAGAUUGGGUCGUAAAAUGGCUGAAUUUCCUUUGGAACCACCACUCUCAAAGAUGCUGAUUCUCGCAGUUGAUCUUGAAAAGCAAGCCAUCGCUGACCAAAAGAAAGCAAAAUUUCAUCAACCAGAAGGAGAUCAUCUGACUCUUUUAACUGUCUAUAAUGCAUGGAAAGCUAGCAAAUUCUCAAAUGCUUGGUGUUUUGAAAAUUUCAUUCAAGGGCGAAGCAUGAAACGAUGCCAAGAUAUUCGCAAACAAUUGUUGGGUAUCAUGGAUCGAUAUAAACAAGAUAUUAUUUCAUGUGGCAGAAAUUAUAACAAAGUUCGUAGAGCAAUUUGUGGUGGAUUUUUCCGUCACGCGGCAAAAAAGGAUCCUCAGGAAGGUUACAAGACGUUAGUUGAAGGAACUCCUGUGUAUAUACAUCCUUCCAAAUAUAUGAGAGAAAUCACAGCUAUCGAACCUAAGUGGCUUACCGAAGCUGCACCCACAUUCUUCAAGGUUGCAGACGCAAAUACAAUCAGUAAACGUAAACGAGGUGAAAAGAUUCAGCCAUUAUACAAUAAAUACGAGAAACCAAAUGAAUGGAGAUUAAGCCGAGUCAAAAGACAUCAAAGAGUUUCGCAAACAUUUGGAUAA